CAAACCGGACUCGAGGAACCCAGAUAAAGAAUACCCGAUCCCUUUGUAUUGGCAGUCAGCUGAUUCGGGCCAGCUCUCAAAUUAUAGCCCAGCGUUCUCCAUUUCAACAAAGGUUUCAACCCGCGCCUGUGUUAAAACCGAACAGUUCGGGACAAAAAUACCAAACAUGGACUACGAUACGAUUCUUUCAGACUAUCUCGGCGAGUACGGAAGGUAUCAGAAGCUGACUAUAUUCUGUUUGGCGGCUCUUGCUAUGCCCGUGGGCAUGCAGACGAUGGCAAUGGCUUUCCUCGGCGCGGUACCAGAGCACCAUUGUCGGGUGCCCGGCGUUUCGGACUCCGCCGCGCCACACUUGACUCCCCCCGGCGACCUCUCACCGACUUGGCUGGACUAUAUGCACACCCUCAACGACAGCAUCCCGCUAGAAUUGGACGCUAACGGAGAAUGGACGCACAGCAAAUGCGAGAGAUACAACGACAAUGUCACAGCGGGCGGUUGGGACUCGCUAGAAGCUCGCAACAGAAGCAAGCUGCAAUGUACCGACGGCUGGGUAUAUGACAAGCGACUCUACAGUAGCAGUGUGGUAACGGAGUUUGACUUGGUGUGCGACCGUGCCUGGCUCAGGGAGCUUGCACAAGCUAUCUACAUGUUGGGCGUCAGCUUUGGAGCAAUAGUCUCAGGAGCACUGUCUGACAGGUUCGGGAGGAGACCAACACUAUUUGGAUGCCUUGUCCUCUUGCUGAUAGCCGGAGUGUCGACAGCCUUCGCCUCCCACUACGUCAUCUUCGUGGUUCUUCGGUUCUUCAUCGGGGCGUUCGGCGUCGGCCUUUACUAUGUCACCUUUGUGUUAGGUAUGGAAGGUAUUGGCCAAUCAAAGCGCACGAUGUUCGGUAUGGUGGGGACGCUGUUCCUGGUGGCAGGGUACAUCAUGCAGGGCGUCAUCGCCUACCUGACACGUGAUUGGAUGAAGCUUCAGCUGGCCAUUUCUGUCCCUGUAACGGUCUUCCUGACCUACUACUGGAUUGCUUUUGAGUCACCUCGAUGGCUACUGGCCAACGGUAGGACGGAAGAGGCCAGGGAGGUCAUCGACCGAGCGGCCAAAAUAAACGGGGUCGAAAUUCCAGAAAAGGUCUACGAGCUCAUGAACGAAAAUGUUCAUUCCAACGAGGAUGUUGGCUCUAACGAGAAGACUCAGAGAGUGUACACUGUCUUGGACCUCGUGCGCACACCCAACAUGAGAAAGAACACAUUCAUCGUUGCCUUCAGUUGGUUUGUGUGUACCGCUGCCUACUACGGUCUAAGCCUUGGCUCUGCAGAGCUCCCUGGCGAUCCGUACCUGAACUACAUCCUCAGCUCUUGCGCCGAGAUCGUCGCCAUACUGGUGGCCUGGGCCACUAUGGACAGGUGGGGGCGGAAGCCUCCUGUCAUUGCUUCCCUCAUUUUAGCAGGACUCUCCUGUGGAGCAACAGCCGGUGUGCCUAAAGAUCUGUGGAUGGUGUCCACAGGCCUAGCCAUGGUUGGAAGAUUUGGUGUCAGCAUAGCGUUUGACAUCCUACCUCUGUACUCUGCUGAGAUCUUCCCAACUGUCGUCAGAAACAUGGGCAUCGGUACAGUGUCAAUGUUAGCUCGUGCUGGCGGUAUCCUAGCUCCAUUUGUUGGUCUGAUGGGGAAGUCCUGGGCGCCUCUUCCCCUGGUUAUAUUCGGCAUCAUGUGUUUCCUGGACGGAGUCGCCAUCUUGGCUGUGCCCGAGACACUGGGGGUUCCUCUACCCGACACACUGGAGGAAGCUGAGAACCUUGGAAGUACGCUUGUGCAAACGGAUGAGAAAGUGGUCACCGUUCCUACGGUUGAGAAGACGGAGGUUCUGGACAUCGUCACGUCGGUGUGAUACCAUUAGGAUUACGUCGGUAUGAUACCCAUUGUAUGGGCGCACAACUAUAUCGGAGACAUUAUCAGAGAUUUUGUGGUCUCCGUCCCUACGGAGGUUCUGGACAUGAUCACGUCGGUUUGAUACCUAUUGGGAUCACGUCGGUAUGAGACCCACUCGGCUCACAGCGAUUGGGGAUAUUAUCAGAGAUUUUGUUGUGGCGGCAUUAGCUUACGUAAGAUCACAUUUUAUCAGACUGUCGGACAGAAUUACAGUGAUAUGAUAAAAUAGAAUCCCAUGGAAAGGGGAGCGAUCUGGAUCGCUUUUUUGUUUGUUUAUUGAUUUACGGGUUAAGAUGAAGAUUAUGAUGUAACUGUAAAGAUCAAGGGAAUUAACGAAGCCCUAGGCAGGAUCUAUAGCAUUGGUGAUAUGUCAGAGCAAAACACAUCUCUGUUAACGUCCAUAUCUGAGUAGGAUUAAGACUUUUCUAGUAUGGACUAGGGUUGGUCAACUUCGGCGCCCUUAAUCUUUUCGUGUAACAGUUCCUUUUGUCUUUUGUUUGUUUCCUGUAAAAGGAUAUUAUUAUAUUUGUUGAUAUGUCUCUGUGAGACGUCAUGUACUGCAAUGUAACUGCGAUAUACAAUGUGUAGAUUUUUUAUGUCCUCCAUGUAAAAUAUGUGCAACAGUGCAAGUUAUACAUUGUCCGUAUUAGGACCAGAUAAACAGUAUGCAAUGAAAAACUAUAAACGGUCCAUGAGAUGUACAUGAUACGACUAAAGAAGAAACAAAACAUAGGAUGCAGUUUUUGCACAUCCUUCUUCAAUUUCUAGUUCUCGUCUUGAACUUAUAUAUUUUUACGUCUAAUUUAACUUUAUCUUUAUCUUUAUCAGAUACCGAAAAGGAGGUUGUAAUACGUACGAUACAGAUAUUCCAAUAUGGACCGAUUCUGGUCUUAACUGUAACUUAUUUUUCUCGUCUAAGUUAACACAAGGCGACACUCUACACACUGGUGCUAUUGUAUGCUUUCUCCUCAUUCUGAGGUUCGAACGCUAUUUUAUCUACGUUGUUGUAGUUUUUUGCUGCUGUUUACGCUAUCAAAGGAAGUUUGUUCUUUUUUCACGUUGUAGGUUAUAAAUUAAUUUGCCUUGUUGCACAUUAAUUAAGAUGCAAUAAAGUAUUACGAAAGAUGUC